AUGCCCAGUCCAUCAAGGCAGCCCAGUCGCGGUGCAACGUCAAGCUCAUCGGAACAUCCGAGCAGUCACAGUCCAUUCAGUCACACCGGCUCGACACCUGAGCCUGCCUCGAUCACCGUUCGUCCAGCUCCACUCAUGGCGAAAGUUCCGACACCGAAACGUCGAAGUCUACCGGCCAGGUUUGUUCGCGAGCCUGAGGGCUUUGGAAUGAAUCCGUGGAUAAGAGAGUCGGAUGUCGACGAUCCCUCAACGAUGUAUUUAAGUCCAGUCGACUCUCCGAUCGAGGAUCCCAUGCCAGUUAAGAAGCUGAGUUCAGUUCGCAGUGGAGCUGCGGAACAACUGCCUCCGAAUCCGAAGCUUGGUGUACCGUCGCGAUACAGUGCCGGCACCUGCCGAAAAGUGUUGGCUGGAGUGGAUGUGAAUACUCCUUCAGGAGUUUUCAUGAGACGUAGUCGUUCGAAAGACGAACGAGCCUCAAUUGGCGCGUCAAUGUCGCCAUGUCGAACCCAGAAAUCAGCCUCGCGCUCCACCUUGCACUCAGUGCCGAUCUUCCUGUCCAAUGAUAGUGUUGGGAGUGGCAGUCGCGUUUCUCAUACGGAAAUAUCGCUUGGCAAGAGGUCGCUGGAGAGUCCUGAGGAACAGAAUAAGCUAUACCUUCAGAUGGCGCUAUCUCAUGUGCAAACACUUUCUAUGGUGGCUGAUCGGCUGGCAAACGAUAUGAGGCGUGGUGAGGAGCCGGUCUCGCGUAAUCAGCUGGGUCAGCUUGAGUUUUCACAUUUCAUCAUCGAAUCUCAGCAUCCGAUUCUCGCGAAAGGAAAGAGUCUCUUCUAUAAUGCCAUAUUACCGCGUCCAGGUGACUCGGAUUAUCCAGUAACUCUUAUGAUUGCACCAUGCUCUCAAUAUGCCCCACUGAUGAGGCGAAGCGGUUCGCAGUUGUUUACCCUCCCUGGAUUCUUGGAGCUUGAAGAUCAGGACGGCAGCAUCAGCAAAUUCCUACAUGACACUGGAACUCCAAAUCUCGACGGUCGACACACUAAGGUGGUGGCUUUACCUCGUACAAAUCUGUGCUCAUUUCAUUCGUUGGCCGCCCAUCAUCUCAAUCAGAGAAUGGACUCAAAUGCCCAUGAACAGCUGGUCUCCUUCAUACUUCUACAGCUGCUUGCUGCUUUGAAAAUGCUUCAGAGUGACGGUGUCGAGUCACUCAGCACCAAUUUUAAG